GCAACAGACAGCUUUCCUAAACCGCGAGGCAGAGUGUGACCAACCGUCCCCAUGGCCCUCUAUGAAAACACCUCUCAUGGACAGCACUCUCAGACUCAAACCUCAGAGCAAAGACACAACAGACGCCACAAAGAGUACACACUAUACGUCAUCUUGGCAGUGAGUUUUUUGCUGCUCUGUGUCCUGCAAGCAUCUCUGAAUGUCUACUUCCGGCAUGCUGGGAAAUCUUGUCCAACUGGUUGGCUGCAUUUUGGCUCUAGCUGUUACUAUAUCUCAAACGAGCACAAGAACUGGACAGAGAGUCGAGAGGCGUGCCAGAAAAUGGAUGCCGAACUGAUGAUCAUAAGCAGCCCAGAGGAGCAGGAAUUGCUGAAAGCCCUCUCUACGUGUACACGUACGUGGAUUGGCCUCAGCUAUAAUGGAAAGGGCUGGAUAUGGGUAGAUGGUUCACCACUGACCACUGGGUACUGGUUGGCCGGAGAGCCCAACAAUUAUCAAGGGAUAGUUGAAAACUGUGCUGAUAGUCGACCUGGGCAUACAUCACUGGAAAGCUGGAAUGAUGCAAGAUGUGAAUAUGAAUCUCGCUGGAUAUGCAAGAGAACUGGCUAGAUCGAUAUUCUGAUAGCCUAUCAUAAUUAAUGGUGUACUGUAAAAACAUACAUGGUUUGUUGUACUCUGUUAUCACAUCUUGUUUAAUUUUGCUUUCGUGUGAUGUUAUCAAUCAUUAAUAAAUAUAUUCAA